AUGACCCGAUCAAAAGAGGGCUUCCUCUGGACACCACAAAACACAACAGAGGGCCUCGAAACCGAAGCCGUCGUACAAAGCUCCAAAACCAUACAAUCUGCCUAUGAUGUUGUCGUCAUCGGAAGCGGAUUCGCAGGGCUCAUAGCCGCCCGCAAUCUAGCCCAAGACUCCACCCUCCGAGUGCUUCUCGUCGAAGCACGGGAUCGCAUCGGUGGUCGAACCUGGACUGCCAAGGCAUUUGGGGAAGAAUUUGAGAUGGGUGGGACAUGGGUGCAUUGGAACCAGCCUCAUCUUUAUCAUGAAAUUCAUCGAUAUGGGCUUCAUCGGUAUCUUAAGACUUCGGCGGGGACUAUGGCGCCCGAGAAGUGUCACUUUAAGCCCGCUCAAAUGCCGGUUCAGGAUAUUUCCCCCGAGCAGAGUGUAGCGGCCCUUGAAAGAGUCGCAGAGAAGUUCUUCUCAAUCGAUGGGAUGGAUAGUCGCACUCUUAUGCCCUUCCCUCAUGAGCCUUUCCGCGAGCCAGCUGUGUGGAGAAUGUAUGACCAUUUAACCGUCAAACAGCGGCUUGGCCAGUUAGACGGUUUAUCGCAGUUUGAAAAGGAAAUUUUCGAAUCAAAUGUGGCAACUUUCGGAAGUGCCCCUGGAAAAGAUAUCGGUUUCACCGAGGCGCUUCGCUGGUUCGCUCUUGGUGGACAUAGCAUGGCCAGUGUAUUUGAGCGAGCUGGUAUCUAUAAACUCGGAAACGGAGGUAUGACAGCCUUUGCACGAGCUAUCCUGCGAGACUUCAAGGGUGACGUGCUCUUCGACACCGUCGUCAAGAAGGUCGAUCAAGGUCUCCAGGGCGUCUCAUUACGAAUGAAAGAUGGCAGACAGGUCGAUGCAAAGGCAGUGGUGUCAACUGUUCCUCUCAACUGCCUCGGUGAUAUCACAUUUAACCCACCACUGUGUGCUCUCAAAGCUGAUGCCAUCGCGUCCGGUCAUAUCAACAAGGGCGCAAAGAUACACUUUAAUCUUGCUGCCGCCGAGCCGGGAUGGUUUGCAACCUGCAGUACCUCUAGCGAAUCGCCUUAUGUCUUUGCCUUUUCUGAUCAUAACGGACACGAGCCGUCCGGUCCACGGGGCACAUGGUGCAUUGGGUUUGGGUAUAAUGGGCAAUUGUCGGAGAAGAAGAGUAGCAAAGAGAUCAUCGAGAAGUUCCGAGAGAACAUUCGCCCUGGCGCUGAUGUCCAGGCGUAUCUCACGCACGAUUGGAUGAACGAUCCGUAUGCCAAGGGAACCUGGAGCUGCUGGGGACCUAAUCAGUUCAGUCGGUAUGUUCAAGAACUACAAAAGGCAGAUGGCAGGGUGUUUUUCGCUAGUGCAGACUGGGCGGAUGGUUGGAGAGGUUUUGUAGACGGAGCUAUUGAAAGUGGACAGAAGUCUGCAAACGAGGUUAAGCUUUUCUUGCAUAGUCACCACAGUGCAAAGUUGUGA